AUGGCAACCAUUGAAGGAGAUAAGAAACAAAAAGGAAACAAGCCGGUGUCGACCGAAGACAAAACCGUGACAAAACCGUUACGGAAUCAAAGGGCGCUGAUUCGCGCAAUUGAAAAAACCAUGAAGGAAAUAGAAUCAACAUUUGAAGAACCACAACAAGAAGUGGUUUACAGGACAAGUCAGGCACAGCUGGAAAAUUAUCUCAGCAAUGAUGGUAUCUCAGAAAAUACAAUAACAUUGCAAUCAGUAAAAUUGCCACAAAUUACGCUUCCAAGUUUUGACAGAAACCCAUUAAUGUGGGUACAAUUUCGCGAUUUGUUUUUACAGCUCAUUGACGAGCAACCAUUUAAACCAAUGCAAAAAAUGUUUUAUUUAACCACCAAUUUAAUCGGUGAACCGAAAAAUCUAAUCAAACAUUUGCCAGCUUCAACAGAAAAUUAUGCCACAGCAUGGCAAAUUUUAAGAUCUCGAUACGACAAUAAACGUCUACUCAUCACAGCGUUACUCAACAAGUUGUUAAGCCAGUCGUCUUUAACUGCGGAAACUUCAUCAGGUUUAAAAUCGCUGCAUGAUGUCACUAAGGAGUGCAUUUUGGGCUUAAAGGCACAGGGUAUUCUAAUAGAACAUUGGGAUGCAAUAUUGGUGCACCUCACUUUAAAGAAAUUAGAUAGAGGAACUCAAACAGCAUUUGAACAAUCUCUAAAGGAUAAUCGUUCACUCGUGUCGUUUGAAGAACUUCUACAGUUUAUUGAAAGCCGAUUUCUGUCACUGGAGGCUUUCGGCAGAGGAUUCAACGUAAAGGUCUUAAACACAUCGAGAGUAGUUGCUGUAACAAACGAAGGAUCAAAUUACGAAAAACUAUGUCCGGCAUGCAAGAAUGACCGUCACCCAUUGUACACGUGCAAGUCAUUCAUACAAGAACUUCCCACUAAAAGACUUCAGUUAGUUAAACAAAUGCGGUUGUGCAUUAAUUGUUUAAAGUUUGGCAAUAAAAAACACAAUUUUCUUUUACAUCUGGAAGAUGCAACAUGCACUAACCCAAAUAAAAUAACAAAUUCGAGUAAGUCAAUAAGCCUGAUCUCCAAUUAUAACAAUUACUACAAGGGUUAUGUUGUAUUGGGAACAGCACGCGUAAUAAUACGAAGCAAUAAAGGCAUCAAGGUUGAAUGUAGAGCAUUAUUAGACUCCGGUUCACAAGUAAAUCUUGUAACGGAAAGACUCAUCAAAAAACUAGGAGAAAAUCCAAUGAAUGUAUCCGCAUGCAUCGAAGGUAUUGGACAAAGGAAACAAAAUGCUCAAAGGCGAGUAAAUUUGGGUUUUAGUUCCAAAAUCAAUGAAUAUGCCGCAAGAGUGGAAGCGUACGUGUUACCAAGUAUCGUGUCUGAUCAACCGAGCAUGCAGCUCGACAUUUCAAAUUGGGACAUACCGAGUAAUAUUAAGUUGGCUGAUCCUUGCUUUCACCAAAAGGGUAAUAUUGAUCUCUUACUGGGGGCAGAAUUUUCACAUGAACUGCUGUCGAUCGGACAGAUUAAAAUUGGCAAUAAUCUUCCAAUAUUGCAAAAUACGUUACUGGGCUGGAUUGUGAUAGGAAAAAUAACUGACAACAAUUUAGGUGUGCAGAUGCAAACAUGCGGCAUUUGCUCGGACGAUGAAGAACAAAUAGAAAAGGUGAUGGAGAAAUUUUGGCAACUCGAUCAAGCAUCACCUACAAACAAAAACGUAACUCAGCAAGAAGAGUUGUGCGAAUCGCAUUUCAUAAACAAUGUACAAAAAACCAACCAUGGUCGAUUUAUUGUGAGAUUACCGUUUCAACAAAAUCCAUCAAUUCUCGGAGAGUCUCAAAACACAGCGAUAAACCGAUUUUAUGCCCUAGAAAGAAGAUUAAGCAAAGAUGAAGCAGUCUGGAAGCAGUAUGUAGAAUUUAUGGAUGAGUACGAAAAGUUGGCCCACAUGAGCAAAAUUCAUAUCGAAGAAAUCACAUCACAUUAUUUGAUCCCACAUCAUUGUGUAAUUCGACCUACCAGUAGUUCAACAAAAUUGAGAGUAGUGUUUGAUGCAUCGUGCAAGACCAACAACGGGUUAUCAUUAAAUGACAUAUUGUUAACAGGCCCAAAAAUUCAGAGUGAAUUGUUUUCCAUUUUACUUCGUUUCAGAUGCCCCAGAUUUGCAUUUUGCACAGACAUUGAAAAGAUGUAUAGACAAAUCCUUAUACAUCCAAAUGAUAGAAAAUACCAAAUCAUUGCGUGGAGAAGAUCGCCUAACGACCCAUUGCAGUUUUACCAAUUAAAUACAGUAACUUAUGGCACAAGGUCAGCGCCAUAUCUGGCUACGAAGUGUUUGCAGCAACUAGCAAAAGACAAAUCAACUAAAUACCCGCUUGGAGCCUUGGCAAUUAUAAAUGAUUUUUAUGUGGACGAUUGUCUUAGUGGAUCAGAUAGUCUUGACACAGCUUUAGAAAUACAACGUCAACUUCACGAUUUAUUGGAAUCAGCUGGUUUCAAAUUGCGAAAAUGGUGUGCUAAUAAUCCUUUGCUGCUUCAAGACGUAGCAAAAGAGGACCAAGAGGUCGAUUUAGAUUUCAGCAAUGAAGACCAAGCAUCAGUCAAAACAUUAGGAUUAUCGUGGCAACCAAAGCGUGACAAAUUCAGCAUAAGGAUUGAUUUAACCCCAUCUAAGCGAAUAACAAAAAGAUCGAUAACUUCUAGUUUAGCAAAAAUAUUCGAUCCCCUGGGUAUUUUGGGUCCAGUUACAUUGAAUCAAGCGUGGGACAAACUAGUAGAAUUGAAUCCAGAUAAAGAAUUUCUUGAAUUAGCUAAAGAUUACAUAAGACAUAAUAGAUUGCCAAAAAUAGACGAAUUAGAAUAUAUAAAAGAACAGAUAGAGAAAGUUGAAGGAAUAAAAACAGGAAAAUUACAGAGUACAUUAGAAGAAUUAUCAGAUGCUAAGUGUGGCUUGGAGUAUAAAUGCAAACAGCUAGUUCUACAGACAAAAGAAUUGACUGUUUUACUUCAAGACGCAGAAAAUCAGACGUUAAGCUUGGAAAAAGAACUUCGAAGAGAAGGAAAGUCAGAUAAAGACAUUAGCAUAUACCUGGAGGAGGACAGUGAAUUAGAAACCAAAUUAGGGAAAAGGAAGAAACAAUAA